AUGCUCGCCAAAGAGGACACGCGCCAUGUCUAUGAGCGUUUUAAAGAUGCGGCGCUACGCAUAGAGCACUUACGCAAACAGCGACAGGAGUCUGACUGUAGGAAAACAGACAAAAGCCAACAAUUUAAGAUAGACGAAAACAAACCAACCUCAACCAAGUGUGGAAAAUGCGGAAAGAAAGGCCAUAACACGGAAGAAUGUUGGUCAAAGAAGAGUAGGAAAGAAGCUAGUAAUUCUUUUAGUGCUACGCUAAGAGGAUGGUCCUGCAAUGCGAGUACAACAAGCACACAAAAUAUCAAACGGAGCAGUCUUGUUCCAAAGCACAUAGUGAAACUGUUGUGCCUAGGGCUAGAGACCCGUGGCAUAAUCGAUACGGGAUCGCAACUAACGAUCAUGCCAUUGAAUUUUCUCUUAAAGGCUAAAGAAAAGGGUGUCGAUGUGGACAAUCUCUGCAAGGAAAUCAAGGCCAGAAAGUUAGAAGUCUUUGACGCAUCGGGAAAUCAAAUGAAUUUCCUAGGGUGUAUGGAAACGGAGAAGCCAGAGGCGCUAGGCGUCCAAAUUCUCAUAUCGCCACACCCGGAAGCGGAAUACCAAACGAAACAUGUACUGAAGGACAUGCAGGAACAAGACUGUGUCAAGAAUAUAGCGCUUCACAGGGAAUGGUUAGAGCUGUCGUGGCGGAGACUGUAUUUGAAACCAGGACAGCGGCGUGAUCCAUGUGAAAUGGGAACACAGAGCAGAAGAUGCAAGAUACCAGUACUGAACAACUCCGAUGAGCCGGUUGUUUUCAAGCAAGGACAAACAAUUGGAGAAUGGUGGCAACAUUAUUUGAUUGACCCACGAGUUACGGAUAUAAAGUCAGAUAUGCUUGAAUUAGCAAAAAGUUUCGCUGCGGAAGGAAAGGAUGGAAACUCUGCUGACGCACCUAAGGGCAAACAGGAGGUCGGAAGAAUUUUCUCAGGAACUGAGAGCACUAAUCUACGAAUUCGCAGACGUGUUUGCAAUUAG